UUGGGAUAGCCGUCAGCACAAGCAACCACUAAAGUUUUUUCUCAUUUCUGUCCAUUAGAAAAGGCAACUUUUCAAAACAAGACAACAAGUGAAAGUGUGAAACUAUACAACGUUGGAUCGAGCAGAGACAUGGUUUGCUUCUGUUUUCUGGUGGAUCAGAGGAGAAAGGUGCGGCGGAGCAAGCCGGCGGCGGGGACGUGCUCGCGGUGCGGCUGCGGAGCCAGCGUGGCUGAUAUGAUGAUACAAACCAGAUUUUGCUACGUUCCCUUUUACUCCAAAUCGUGGAAAGCUAUUAUUUGCACUUUUUGUGGAGCCACUCUCAAAUCUUACAGAUGAGCACCAUCAUACUAUAUAGUUUCUAAUUCUAAUUUUCCUAUGUUUCCUUCUCUACCCUCUUAUUAUUAUGAGAUUUUUCAAUGUAUCAUAAUAUAUAUACGCACAUUAAGAUUCUAGUAAGCAGGGAUUUACGUUUUUAAUGUUUA